AUCUAUAAUGUACUUGUCACUGAACGAACGUUUAUUUUAUUCUAAAUUAUAUUCAAACGUAAACUGUAGGGUGAGGGAAUAUUUUUGAAGGUCAUUGAUGUGUGAAGAUGAAUAAAUAAAUAAAUAUGUCAACUGAACAAUUUCAAAUUAAUUAAUAUUCAAAAUAAACCAGUUCAACCAAUUCGAUAUUAGCUCAACGAAUUUCAUAAUUUUAAUCUACGAUAUUCUGUGAAGAGUGUGUUUGAUUUAUUAAUACGUUUGCAAAUAUUCAGUCAGUAUGAUGAUAUCUUUUUAAUUUUCAAAAUUGCGAGUUCAAUUAAGUUCAUACGUACUCAACGAAUGUUUAAACCCGUUUUUCUCAAAAGCAAACCAUUAUAUAAAGAAAUUUGAUUUUAAAUUUUUCAUUUAAUUAUUUACAUAGAAUUACACUCUGUUUACUUGUACCACCGGUUAUAAAACAUUUUACAUAUAUAUAUAUAUUAAAAUACAUAAAAUUCUAUUAGAGUAUAAUAAAGUCAAAAAAUUAUUGGUUAUAUUAUUAAUUAUAUUUUAUGAAACAAACAAAAGUGAAGCUUAUACUUAAUGUGCAUUAGAUUUCUUAAAAUGAUCCAUAAUAAAUGUAGAAAUGUAGUUUAUCCGCAUUCAUCUAUUGAAAGAUUUAAAGUAAAAGAUCACCAAAUAUCAUGGGAAGUAAAAUAUCCUGAAUAUAAACCAAUUAAUUAUACUUCAGAAUUUAUAUUAAAUGAACCUUGGGCAGAUCCAAAAAUUGAAGAUCCUUGUUUCGAACCAAACUGGAAUUCAUUAGAUGGAGCAGUUAAUCGACGAAGUUACAUGGGAGACUAUGUUAUAAACGAACAUGGUUACCCUUUGAAUCCUGUUGGUAGAACAGGUAUAGCUGGAAGAGGUGAUUUAGGUCGUUGGGGACCAAAUCAUGCUGCGGAUCCAAUUGUUACACGAUGGAAAAGAAAUAAUGAAAAUAUGUUGGUAAAAGAUGAGACUACUAAUAAACCUAUUUUACAAUUUGUGGCUAUUCAAAGAAAAGAUUGUAAUGAGUGGGCAUUACCUGGAGGCAUGGUAGAUAUAGGCGAAAAGGUUUCUGCUACAUUAAAGCGAGAGUUUAUGGAAGAAGCUAUGAAUUUAUUAGGAAGAUCUUUUUCCACACGCAGAGAAGUGGAAGAAAGUAUCAAUUUAAAUUUUACCAAUGGUAUUGAUAUUUUCAAGGGUUAUGUCGAUGAUCCUAGAAAUACAGAUAAUGCUUGGAUAGAAACCGUGGCACAAAAUUUUCACGAUGCAGAUAACAAUACUUUCGGACAAUUACCUUUAGCGGCUGGAGAUGAUGCUUGUAAUGUUAAAUGGAUGAAUGCAGAUUCUAAGAUAUGUUUGUAUGCCAGUCAUUCGUUAUUUAUAGAAAAAACUGUUCAAAUACAUGAUGCGCAUUGGUAAUACAAUGAUUACUUCAAAUUUAAUGUAAUAAUAAAAAAUAUUUUGUAUUAUUAAUAAAGGUGCUAUUUUUUGUAA